AUGGACUCUCAAAAGUCUCCAAAGGAAACUGUCCUCAUUACAGGAGGAGGUGGCUAUGUUGGUUUCCGCCUAGGCUGUGCUCUCAACCAGAAGGGAGUCCAUGUGAUUCUGUUUGACAUCAGCAGCCCCAUUCAGAGCAUCCCAGAAGGAAUCAAGUUUGUCCAUGGAGACAUUCGCCAUCUCUCUGACAUCGAGAAAGCCUUCCAGGGUGCAGAUGUCACCUGUGUAUUUCACAUUGCCUCUUAUGGUAUGUCGGGGCGGGAGCAGCUGAACCGGAACCUGAUCGAAGCAGUCAACGUUGGGGGCACAGACAACAUCCUCCAGGCCUGCAGGCGGAGGGGGGUGCCAAGGUUAGUGUAUACCAGCACUUUCAAUGUUGUCUUUGGAGGGCAAGCCAUCAGAAACGGGGAUGAGUCUCUGCCUUACCUGCCCCUUCAUCUCCACCCUGAUCAUUACUCUCGGACCAAGUCGAUCGCGGAGAAGAAGGUGCUGGAGGCAAAUGGCACAGCCCUAGAAGGGAGCAGCGGCAUCCUGAGAACCUGUGCCCUGAGACCAGCUGGCAUCUAUGGGCCUGGAGAACAGAGGCACCUUCCCAGGAUUGUGAGCUACAUUGAGAGGGGGUUGUUCAAGUUUGUGUAUGGGGACCCCAGGAGCCUGGUUGAAUUUGUCCAUGUGAAUAACUUAGUGCAGGCUCACAUUCUGGCCUCAGAGGCCCUGAAAGCUGACAAGGGCCAUGUCGCCUCAGGGCAGCCCUACUUCAUCUCAGAUGGCAGGCCCGUGAACAAUUUUGAGUUCUUCCGGCCUUUGGUUGAGGGCCUGGGCUAUACAUUCCCGUCCAUCCGCCUGCCAUUAACCCUCAUCUAUGGCCUGGCUUUCCUAACAGAGAUGGCCCACUUCAUUUUGAGUUGGCUGUACAACUUCCAGCCCUUUCUCACCCGCGCAGAAGUUUACAAAACUGGCAUCACGCAUUACUUUAGUCUAGAGAAGGCCAGGAGAGAGCUGGGUUAUAAGGCUCAGCUGUUUAGCCUCCAGGAAGUAGUAGAAUGGUUUAAAGCCCACGGUCAUGGCCGACAUCCCGAGAGUUGUGACUCAGGGUGUCUUGUUUGGGAUGGGCUGCUGGUCUUCAUCCUGGUCACGGCCACUCUCACGUGGCUCCCUCCGUCUGUGGUUCUGUCUGUGUGA